AUGACCGGCUCCAAACCCGUGGCCGAAAUACCUAGGUUCUUACUGCCUCGUUUGACGUGGCAGCCGGUGUCGCAUGCCCGGCCUUCAACUCAGACACUUACGCCACGACUUCCUAUCUACGAGACAGUCAGAGCGCCCUCUUUCACAACUGCUUCCAAGCCGCGGCCAAUAUACACCAGUAACAAGGCGUCCCGGAGCCCGCAUCCUAGAGCACUUGCUGCUCGCUCAAAAAGACCUCGAGCCCUGGACCAACCACUCCCGGCAGACUCGUCGCCCAUCCGCCACAAUGGUGUCUACGUCGCCGCGUACAAGCCUGCUCGGAAAGCAUUCUCGACGACGGCCGUGCAGCGCAAAGCCCACCACUUUGACACCUUGAAAUUCGUGCAAAGACUCAAGGACGAAGGGUUCACAGAAGACCAGGCCGUGGCCAUGAUGCGCGUUCUGAACGAUGUGAUAGAAGAGUCCAUCCAGAACCUCACGCGGACCAUGGUCUUGAAGGAAGACGCCGAGCGAAGCACAUAUACCCAAAAAGUUGAUUUUGCCAAACUGCGCAGCGAACUGUCCAAUGCCGACAGUACCGAAGCGCAGUUGACCCGGUCGAGCCACGAUCGGUUGACCAGUGAUUUGGCCAAGCUAAAUUCGAGGCUGCGGGACGAAAUCAGCCGCACGCAGGCCAGCGUUCGCCUGGACUUGAAUCUUGAGAAGGGCAGGAUUCGCGAAGAAGCCAACGGGCAGGAGAUGCGGAUCAAGGAGACGGAAGCGCGGAUCGAGCAGGAGGUCGCCUCGCUCAGAGAACGAGUCGAGGCCGUCAAGUUCUCGACCCUGCAGUGGCUCAUGUGA